AGCCAACAACCUACCACUGUAAGGUGCAUUGACGUCGGAAACAAUCAUUAUUUGUCCAACUUUCAUACUGAAUUUCAAAGCCAUCAUUCUUAAUAUUAAGCCAUUCCAUGGUGCUAGGUACUGUCAAGACCCGAAAAUCGCUGUAGAAAAACGUGGCCGAAAGAACACCACUAGAUAUCGUCAUCGCUGCCACUUCAAUCACAAUAUCACCAUGAAUGCCCACGAAGAAGCAGUAACUAAGCACGGCUUUACAGCCGUCCCGCGGAAUCCUACAUCAAUAUUACAAGGUCAGACAGUCAUCAAGCCCCCGCAGCCCGUGAUGGUCAGUGAUAUCCCGCGCCCAGCUUCGCCACUCGUCGAACAAGUGGUGCAAUUCGUCCGCGCGGAACUCCCAGACGAGACUUUUAAUCACAGCAUGCGGGUAUAUUAUUAUGGCAUCGCUAUUGCCCGGGAGCAAUUUCCGUCGUGGCGCUUCUCUGACGAAACAUAUCUGCUCACAUGUCUACUGCACGAUAUUGGAACCACCGCGCAACGUCGCGCAGAGACUUUGAUGUCCUUCGAAUUCUACGGUGGUUUUCUCUCGCUGCAGCUUCUUCAGCGACUCGACGCCAGUCAAGCGCAAGCCGAGUCCGUGGCUGAGGCAAUCAUCCGUCACCAGGACCUAGGGGAUACGGGCACAAUCUCCACCAUCGGACAGCUGAUUCAGCUGGCUACUGUGCUGGAUAACACCGGCGCGUACGCCGAUCUUGUCCAUCAGGGCACAAUCGAUGAUGUGACGGCACAGUAUCCGCGCCACAAGUGGUCGUCGUGUUUCGCAGCCACAAUUGUGGCUGAGGUCGAGGCGAAGCCGUGGUGCCACACCACUGCGCUCGAAGGCUUUCGCGAGAAGGUCCUCAACAACCAAGUCAUGGAAGCCUAUGAAUUGUAGGGAUUUUAGCGGCUGGUCUCCUAAGAGUUAUUUUGAAGGUUGGAGAAACACAUAAAAUCUCUACGACCGCUUCCUCUCAAAAAGAAAAUAAUUUGUGAUUUUUCGUUUUGGAUUAUAUACCGGUUUUUUUUGUUCUAUGAAAGGGUAAC